ACAACUGUCUGUCAUGGGAACGGCAAGAAAACUUAGUUUUGCUAUCUGGGUGAUGAUCAAGUAACAAUUAAUAUACUGUUGUGAGCCAGAUUCUCCAAGAAGUGAUGUCAGCAACAUAGCUUGAUUUGGUAGAAAGCCAUUUAUUCUCAUGCAUUGGCACAGUAGGAAGGGAAAGGGCAUCAUUCACACUGAAAAUUGCAACGGUGCACAGAUACAUAAACUAACACAAGGAUGCAACACAGAAAUCAAUCAGCACAUCACACAGACAAAAUGAUAAACAAACACAUUCACCACUACUUGACACGAAAGGAAAACACACCCGAACAACAACGAGACAACACGGUCUAUUGCCCAGUGGCAUGCUGGGCGGCUAAACAACAGUCUCUCGACCAGAAGUUCAGCUAGCCCACCCCAAGGACGCUCUAAGACUUCUGUCCUGGAAUUUUAUCUCAUGUGUAUUGUUACCAAAAAAAAAAAAAAAUAAUAAUUAUUCAAUGACUUUUUUUAAUUAAGUGGCAUGCUCUCCUACUCUCAUGCUCAACGUCCCUUUGUAAUCUCCACAUGGUGAGUGUUUUCACAUGGAAGUGGGAGGGGCCAGUAGGCAAACCUCAGAGCCUGUGUUGACUUUCCCCCUCCCACAUAGUUCUUACCUGUAGUCAUGUCAGGACUCUUAAACCCUUCCUUGAAAUCCCUUACACACAAUCUCAGGGAAUCCCACAUAAGAACAGAGGAACAAGAGAAAGGGCCAUUUCACUUAACCUUACUCUCGGGGAAUGGCCUCUACCAUCGGUCUCCUGGCUGAGAAACACUUCCUGUGCUCUCUGUGCGAGCACAUAUUCACCAACCCAGUGACCACACCCUGUGGCCACAGCUUCUGCAAGGUGUGCCUGCGCCAAUAUUGUACACAAGCAGGGGUCGAGCGCUGCCCGUCCUGCAAGAAGGUCUUUGGGUUGCGGCACCGCCUCAGCGUCAACCGUAUCCUGGCAGAUGUCACCGAGAACUACAGGGUGACGCGACAGGCAGCCAAGCAGGAGGGUCGCCACAGCAAUCAGAAAACUGAAAAGACAGCAGAGGAGCUGGAGCAGAUGAUUCAGAAGAGGCUACUGAAGGUGGAUCAGCUAAAGAACUCUCUGAAACUACUCAAAAGCUCGUGUCAGAGAGAAGUGAAAGAGAGCCACCGUGUGUUUACCGAACUAGUGACCUCCAUAGAGCAGAGCCACACACUGGUGGUGGCAGCCGUGGAGGAGAAGGAGAGACAGGCUGAGAAGAGGGUGAGCAGGCUGGUGAGAGAGCUGGAACGAGAGAUUCGAGAGCUCCGCCAAGGGGACGCCAAUCAGGAAGACCAGCAAACAGAGAUGAAGAGAUGGAGUUCACGCAUCACCCUGGAGGCUACAGAGUUGAGGGAUUGGUCCAGGGUUUCUGUGGAGACGGACCCAUGUGUGGGAGUCACCAGGAGGGCGGUGCUAGACCUGGUGGACAGAGUCCUGAUGGAAGCCAAUAGACUUUCCAAAUCAGGUGGGUGUCAAACAUGGGUGAACACUAGCCGUUAUGAAAUUAAAUAUGCCAGGAACACAGUUCUUUUAUACAAAUACAAAUGUUGGUGUUUUAUGUAUUUUCCUUUUUUUUUAUUUUCUGCAGAGCUAAAGAGACUUCAAAAAUAUUCAGUGGAUGUCACUCUGAACCCCCAGACGGCCCAUGCCUACCUCAUCCUGUCUGAAGACAAGAAGCAAGUCAGGCACGGUGACAAGAGACAAGAUGUCCUUGAAAGCCCCAGGAGGUUUGACCGCGUGGCCAACGUCCUGGCCAAGGAAAGCUUUCUCUCUGGCAGGCACUACUGGGAGGUAGAUGUGGGGAGCAAAACCGAGUGGGACAUGGGUGUAGUCCGACAUUCGGUCAACAGAAAGGGGAAGUUCACGGUCUGCCCUGCCAACGGUUUCUGGACUGUGAGUCUGAGAAAUGGGAAUCAGUACAUUGCCAACACAUCCCCGCCCACUCCCCUGGCCUUGCGGCAGAGGCCAAAGAGGAUUGCCGUAUAUGUAGACUAUGAGGAGGGAAGAACAUCUUUCCUCUGCGUGGACAGUGGCGCCCAUAUCCACACCUUCAUGGACGCUUUCACAGACAGGCUCCAUCCUUUCUUUGGACCUGGAAGGCCGCAUGGUGGCAAGAACACAGCUUUUCUUACCGUCACCAGCAGCUGUUGCAGCAUCUAAACAUUUAUUAAGAAGCUCACUAGACUCUACAUUCCAUUUAUCAGACAUUGCCCUAUCUGUGACUUUCAAUACGUUGGCCUGCAUGUGUCUCAAAAUAUAUACAGUGGGGGAAAUAAGUAUUUGAACCCCUGUCGAUUUCGCAAGUUUGGCCACUUGCAAAGAAAUGUGUGAUCGAUAAUUGUAAUAGUACGUGUAUUUUAACAGUGACAAACAGAAUAUAAAAAAAAAAAAUCCAGAAAACUGCAUUUUCUAACAUUUAUGACAAUUUGGAUUUGAUGCAGAAAAUAAGUAUUUGAACCCCUAGCAAAAUAUGACUUAGUACUUGGUAGAAUAACCCUUGUUGGC